CUUCCAGCACACACCUAUAGUGCUGUCACACCUCUCCUCUUAUUCACCUGCAUUCACUAAGCUCACACACACACACACACACACACCCAUGCAGAGAAAACUAGUGAGCUUGUGGUGUUGGGCAAGCAGUCGAGCGAGUGAGCGGAACAGAGAGGACAAUCCUACCUCUAUCAAACAAACAGUGCAACACCAGAGGAGUUAGACUUAACACAACACUACACACUUAAGUCACUUUUAAUGAUAACAACAACAACAGCAGCAUAAAAAAUUAAAAUAAAACAUUAACAAAACACAAACAGAACGAGAGAAAAAAAAAAAAGAACAGUAAAACUGGGAAGCUAUUUCGAAAAUUAAUUUGGACUAAAAAUUGGUGGAUUUAAAACAAAACAUCACAAAUAGUUUUAUAAGGAAGAGAACGUGGGAACGAAAAAUACAUCGACAGAAAAGGAAGAUUAUACGGUUGAUAUUAAAACAAAAGAAUAACAACAAUAAUAAUAACAAUAACAAUAGUAAUAAUCAUUAUAAUCAAAAGUAUAACGAUAUUUGAUCUUUCUGGUUAAUAUUUUAAUUUCUUGCUGAAUCACUGGAUUUAAUAUCCUUUUUACGGGUCUGUUGGAUUGGAUUAUAAAUUUAGAUCUUCAACUGAGUUUGGUUUCACACUUGGUGCCUGUCAUUGGCAGAACUGACUUCAACUGAGAGAUAAGAAGACGUGGAAGUUUGAGGAAAAGAAGGAAAGAAGAAUAAAAGACAAAGAAUGUUUCGGAAAAAAAGGGAACAGUUGCCCAGUCGCCAGUUUUAUGUUCAAUUCCUUGGCUGGUUACCAUGCAAUGGAAUCCAAGGUUCUGAGUACACAACACCAGCUAUUACCGAACUCAAAAAGAGAUUGAAAGAACAUUCAAAUCCUCCAAAGUUGACAUUGAAAAUAAACAGUGAAGGCUUCGAGGUAUCACCAAUCACUGAUAACUCAAAGAAGAAGCCAUCGAAUCCAAGAAUUUUUCCCAUUAUGCUUGAAGACAUAAUGUUUGUGGCCUUAGAAUGCAUAGACUCAGAUAUAGUUGCAUGCAUCUAUCGCAACAGGAAUACACAGAAAUCGCAUUAUCUUCAAGUGCACGUUUACCGUUUUGAUUCUCCGACAACUGCCUCACAUUUUGUACAGAACAUUCACUUCAUGACCACCACGGAGGCCCAUCUGUCGCAUGUGAGACACAUUGAAGACUUUCUACGUGGAGAAAGUGUAGCGGACUCUCCUCCCAUACAGCCCAAAUCACCUUUAAUCGCAAGGGUUUCUAGUGGGGGCUCUUCCAGCAAUGCAGCAUCUGAUGAGAAUGUGCCGGCUGUUCAAGAGGACCCACAGGUACAAGCAAUCACUGAUGAAUUAAAACUAAAGUUUAGGACAAAAACUGCUCCGAUCUUGCUUCCAGCAAAGGAUUACGACACCGUUCGACGGAAACAAGGCCAUAUAGAUAAAAUGGGGACACGAAAGUGCCGCAAUGAAAGAGUUAUAGGUGCACUUAAAUCUCACUUUCAUGAUGAUGACGAUGAUGAUGAUGACGACGACGAUGACGAUGAUGAUGAUAGUGGCACUAAUGGCCAAGGCCCACGCUCACCUUAUCCUCUCUACCCUAUAAGAAAAUCUCCAGCCAGUCCAUCUAUUUCUCCUGAAAGCAAAAGUCCUCGUUCACCAGAAUUAGUUCGUUUGAAGGACAGAUAUCAAAGGACCGGUUCCAAAUAUGGAAGUGAUAGUGACAUAAGAAGUGCUCAACCUCCAAUGGUUCCAACAUCACCAAAAAGACAGCCAUCGUUCAAUGCGCAAAAUACUGUUUUCCAAUUUGAUAAGCGUUAUUCACAUAACGAAUCUCUGAACAGCACCGUAUCUUCCGAUCGUAGUGGAUCAUCACACCACUCCGCUCCCAUUAGAAACCCUUUGCCCACAAUGCCAAAACCAAAAUAUGAAAUUCCACCCGAUUAUGAUGUGUCACCACAAGUAUUGAGAUAUCAGCCACAGCACAACCAACCUGGAUAUGGCUAUUACAGAGAUGAUCUUUCCAUCCAUAAUCAUAGCAGGGCUUAUCCACAGAGAGUUCAAUACCCACAACGGCCAUACAGUAGUAACAUGAAUUUAAAUCAGAACUAUCCCCAGCCCCAUUUUGAUCCUUCGGAAUUAUAUGCAAAACCCACCCCACGAUUGAGGGGUAAUAAAAAUAGCAGAUGAUUUUUUUUUUCCUUUCUUACCUUUCAAAUUAAAA